AUGAAGCGCAUGUAUCGUCAUGUUUCGUCGUAUGCCCCGGGUGGGGUCCUCGCAACGAUGCGUCGACCGUGCCGUAGCAGUGUCUUUUCCUUGACUACCGGUAGUCCUGACGCAGGUGGUGGGGCGGUGGUGGUGAUGGAGUUGGCCGCGGUGAUGGCUGCAUCCAGUGCCGCGUACACGCAGCGACGUGGAUUUCGUAAGGAGUUGUUUGAAGGGCCUCUUGACAUCAAACCUGGCGAGCGCAGGGCGCGGAAAGGUCCGCCGGUAGCGCACAGCCUACCUGUGUACAAAACUGCUCACAAACUUAACAAUAGUGUACGAUGGAAGAACGCGAACUUAAUUACAAAUGUGGCAGGCGGAAAAGACUACCGUCUACGCGAGACUCAGGGCGAGGGGACGUUUGACGAGUCCGGUAUGUACCGCGACUGGCUGUACGGCGACGAACGGCGGUAUGCAAACUACAUUGGCGUCGCACUCGGCUGUCUGAGCAUUGGGCUGUUCCUGUACACGAUGCGGGUCAUGGGCGCGGAGACGUGGGAUAUUCCCGCCCCCGUACUGGCGUCCCAGCGCAAGAAGACAGCUGCCGCCAAGGCGGCAUCGGAAGGAGCAGCGACGGCGGGAAAUGAAAAGGGAGCAGAAGGCCGUAGUGGUGAUGACGCAGCUCAAGUGCCAGAUGCACUCGCCAUGUUGAAGAAACCGGUGAUUGUGUCAAAGGCGGCGUAA